AUGGCUGAAGCGGAAGCCGGCAACGUGACUACUUCUGGCAAGCAUGUGGCCCUUGGUCGAAAAUUCUCUAACCAAUUGCUCAACGACGAGUCUGAGGACGUCAAGGUGGAGGUUCGUAGAAAGUAUGAAGAACAACUAACUUGCAAGAAGGGUACCAAGCAUGGCAAGAGCAUUCCUGAUGACGAGGAUGGCAAUGAAGAGAUGGAUGCAGAGGUGCAUAAUCAUGCAGUACAUUUGAUUCAGUUCUAUUUGCUUGUCAAGCAGAAGACUCGUUUUGUGGUCUCGUUCAUGUUCGCCGGUCCUGAUCCAAGAAAUGACUGGGAUAUGACAACAUUAUUGUGCCAUCCAUCGGAAACACCUCAAGGAAACACCUUCUCUGAGUUAUACGAGACAGCUGACCAUGAUUUCCUGGCGGCCUUCCAGCAGUACACAGAACAAAUUUUUUCUGGCAACAAGUGCAAGCCUGACUUGAAUGCAUGGAAGGAGGAUGAUAGUGGUGAGACUGGUGACCCUGAUGAGGAAGAGUCUGAGAAAUACAAAAAUUCCAGUGAUGUGGAAGGUGACGACGGAGAUGAGGAUGCGGAAGGAGAUGAGGAUGUGGAAGAAGAUGAUGGAGAUGAGGCAGGUGAAGAAGAUGAGUCUGAUGCACAGUCCACAGACAUGGAGGAAGAUAAAGGCGAGGGGAAUCAGUCCGUGGGUGUCGUGGAAUCUGCAGUUGCAUCGAUUAUGACAACCAAUGCAUCAUUUGGAGCAACUGAGUCAUUAAGUGCUGGGGAGCUGACGUCAGUGACUCAUGCAUCAAUGGAGACAAUUGCACCUUCCUAUGGCCUGCAAAAUCAUGCUGUGUACUAUGGCAUGCAGCCUCAGGCAUUGUACGACUCACAGGCUCAGUCCAAGUCCAUGUAUGGCAUCCAGGCCCACACUACAUAUGGCGCACAGGCUUAUCCUACGUACGGCUUACAAGGCCCAACAUACAACGCACAGGGCACCAGCCAUGCAUCAUUCGCUGGAAUGUACCCUUCCUUCGUCACUGGACCUGAUGCAUCACUUCAGUCUCAAGGACCCGCAUUCCCGAUGCAGAUGAGUACCUACACUGACUUCGGAAUCUGCCCUUCCAAUUUGUUCAUGCCAGGCAUCAUCACCCCUGAGUCUUCACUUAAUGAGGGGUUCCAGAUCCCAGACUGGAACAACCCACCCUGGAAUGGGAACAAUCCGGCCUGGAACUUUGAUGGUGUAGAAGGGACUCCUCGAGACGAGGACUCACACCCUAUUCUGCCUUCUCCCAACCCGAUCCUGAGUGCGGAUGAUACUUCUCUCCCUUCCAUCGAAAAGGCUGGCACAACGACCAGCAGGAAGGUGAAGAUCUCCCGGAAGGCUGCCAAAAAGGGAGAUGGCCAGAAGCGUGACAACACUAAGUCAAUGGUGGGGAAGGCCGCAGCCAAAUCUUCUGCUGAGUCUGCCUCACAGCAUACCACUAAAACUAAGAAACCGCCCGCUGCUAAGUCGUCGCCUGGUCAGGCUAAACCCUCCACUGAAACAGUCACUCAGUCCUCCUCUACCCAGCGCACAAACGAGAACCAGUAG